CCCUCUCUCUCUCUCUGUCUUUCUGGAUCAAAGGCAGUGUAUGGGAUCGAGUCACCGUGGAGUGUUCCUCUGUUGCUGCAGUUCCCUUUGAUUCUGCUUCCCUGGAUGGUGAAUGGGGAUUAUUUCAUCUUCUCAUCUUUGAAGGGAACCUGCAUUUUUCACAAAAGGCCGUGCACCCACCCCCUACCUGCCUCCCUCAACACCACCCCCUGGUAUUCAGGGCGCAGAUGUACAGGUGACACUGGCCAAAGCCAUCACUGAUUCCCUGAGACAGAACAGGCAGCAGCAGCAGCGGAGGAUCCUUUUGUUUAGCUGGUGAGAGCGCCAAAAAAUGGAACAGCCCAAUGGGACGGAGGGGGCGCUGUUUCCCACAGAACAGCCUCUCAACUUCUCCCUGGACUACGAGGACUUUGAGCAGGAGCACGACGCCAGCAAGAUCGUCAUCCCUUCCAUCUACGCGCUGGUGUGCAGCGUGGGCCUGACGGGCAACGCCAUGGUCAUCUACGUCAUCCUCAAGUAUGCCAAGAUGAAGACGGCCACCAACAUCUACAUCCUGAACCUGGCCAUCGCGGACGAGCUCUUCAUGCUGAGCGUGCCGUUCCUGGCCACGGCGGCGGCGCUGCGGCACUGGCCCUUCGGCUCGCUCAUGUGCCGGCUGGUGCUCAGCGUGGACGGCAUCAACAUGUUCACCAGCAUCUUCUGUCUGACCGUGCUCAGCGUCGACCGCUACAUCGCUGUGGUGCACCCGAUCAAAGCUGCCCGCUACCGCCGGCCCACCGUAGCCAAGAUCAUCAACGUGUGUGUGUGGGGGCUGUCUCUGGUGGUCAUCCUACCCAUCAUCGUCUUCGCCGACACAGUCCCCGCCCAGGACGGCGGCGUGGACUGCAACUUCCUGUGGCCGGAGUCGUGGUGGUCGGAGGCCUUCGUGGUCUACACCUUCCUGCUGGGCUUCCUGCUGCCGGUGGUGGCCAUCUGCCUGUGCUACUGCCUGAUCGUGGCGCGCAUGCGGGCGGUGGGGCUGAAGGCAGGCUGGAUGCAGCGGCGGCGCUCGGAGAAGAAGCUGACCCGCAUGGUGCUGCUGGUGGUGGCCGUCUUCGUGGUCUGCUGGAUGCCCUUCUACAUCGUGCAGCUGGUCAGCGUCUUCCGCCGGCCGCCCGACCCCAUGGUCACCCAGCUCUUCGUCAUCCUCAGCUACGCCAACAGCGGCGCCAACCCCAUCCUCUACGGCUUCGUCUCCGACAACUUCCGCCGCUCCUUCCAGCGGAUCGUCUGCUUCCGCUGGCUGGAACGUGGCCUGGACACCGAGCCCGUGGAUUACUGCGCCGUCGCCCUGAAGCGGCAGGCCACGCACCAUGCCCAUGACUUCCCCCUCAAGGACUGCCUGCCCUCCGACAUGCUGUACCGCAACGGCACCUACACCUCCCGCACCACCACCCUGUGAGAG